UGGUGUCGAUGUCCAGUCGUUUAUCAAUCGAUGGCAAUCAAUGUCGGCCGAUAUGCGCGAAAAUAAGGAAACAAUUUCCAUUGUUAAGAUCGAGUCCGACUCGUUGGCCGAACGGUGCACUGAAUUGGCCAAAUCGUGUGACUAUUUUGGCCAACAAAAACCUCGGGUGUUUGAACUGUUUGCCACUGUUGCCGAUGAGGUUCGCGAAACCGAUGCCAAAUGGAAUCUGAUUCACGAGUUUGAGUCAGGACUCGGCAAAUAUACGGACAUGGAAUGGAUUGUCAGCCGAAAUAAGUUGUCGGCCAUCGAAGCCUACAUAAGCCAAUGGGUUGAUGAUAAUCCAGGUGCCGGUCCGAUGCUCGACAAUCGGGUAAAAGAGUGGCGCGAAUUGGUAUCCAUAUUGAAGUUGUGUAGAGGAGAGUGUUUUGUGAAAAGUCAUUGGCAAGAGUUUUUGGCAUUAGUUGGACUGACCAUCGACUACGAGAAGCUCAAACUGGCCGAUCUGGUCAAACAGCGACGACAACUGGUAGUGACCAGAGAUGCCAUACGUGAACUCAACACAAAAGCCUCCAAUGAGAUGUCGAUACGCGAAACAUUCAACGAGUUAGACCUGUUUGCUACCAGUGCUGUACUGGUACUCUACGAUCAUCAAACAUCGGAUCCGGGCGUAAAUUUGUCGGUCAAAUUGAUUCGCGAUUGGCGUCAAAUACUCAAUCAGGUUUCCGAAUGUAGUCUAACAUUGCAAACGGUCAAAAAUGCCGAAUUUUUUACCAACGAUCUGGUCGAACGGUGCUCGCUAUGGGAGUCCCGACUCAACCAACUGGACUCAGUGUUGGCACUGAUGAAUGCCGUACAAAGGAAAUGGAUAUCAUUGGAACCGAUUUAUGCCAAAGACGAUACCGGUAUGUUUACCGACUAUACGUUUACGCCGGCGUCGCGCGACUUUCAAGAAAUAUUGAAAGUAGUGGCCAAAGAUGCUCACGUUAUGCGACUGUUGCACAUACCGGGCCUCGAGACCAGACUCCAGACAAUUGACAGGACGCUGACGGCGUGCCAGAAAAAGUUACAGACAUUUAUGGAAGAAUCGAGAGCCCGGUUCCCGCGUUUCUAUUUUCUUGCCGACGAUGACCUGUUGCUGAUACUGGCCGGCAAAGUGGAGGUCAAUCAGUCGACACUGUUGAAAAAGUUGUUCAACAAUACCGUUUGUCGGAUUCAUUUGGAUGGCAACAACAAAUCGGUAGUCAGUGUCGAGUCGCCAGAAGGUGAAGUCGUACCGUUGCAACACCCGGUGGUUAUAGAGUCCAACAGAGGUGCCUCCGGUGUCGAGCUGUGGCUCCGAAAUCUAGAGACGCAACUGAAGACAUCAUUGAAGGAAUUGUUUUUCGAUGGUCUGUCGCAAAGUGAAGUAAUGAUGUCGUCGUCGAAUAGCGGCAGCGGUGGCCAUCAUGUAUGGGAACUGCCGGCACAGUUGCUUAGUCUUGUAAAUUGGGUUUUAUUUACCCAACGAGUCGAGGAAGGGAUACGCAGACAUUCGAUACCGGAGCUGAAAGUCGACUUUGAAAAGGAGUUAAUAUCGCUUACCACUGGACAGGACAUGGAUGUCGGCGGUAGUAGUAAUGUCGACACUAGUGUAUUGGCCAUCAAAAUCAAGUCACUGAUACUCGAUACCAUACACUUUUUGUCGGUAAUGGACGAACUAAUGGACACAAAUAUUCGCGACCCGGAAGACUGGGUCUGGCAAAGACAGCUCCGAUUUUACGCCAAUAAGCGCCGUACGAAUGGCCUACUGACUGUCCAAAUGGGUAACUCGUCGUUUGAGUACAGUUUUGAAUAUCUCGGUUGUUUCGGUGGUUCCAAACUGGUCCACACACCGCUUACCGACAAAUGCUACCUAACACUAACCCAGGCUAUGGAAAUGGGUUUAGGAGGCAAUCCCUAUGGCCCGGCCGGUACCGGUAAGACCGAAAGUGUCAAAGCGCUGGGACAGCAUUUAGGCCGACAAGUAAUGGUAUUUAACUGUGACGAAGCCAUCGAUGUCAAGGCCAUGACCCGAAUACUAGUUGGACUGAUCAAGUGUGGCGCCUGGGGUUGUUUCGAUGAGUUCAAUCGGCUACAGUUGGACGUACUGUCGGCCCUGUCCUCCCAAAUACAGGCCAUACAGUGGGCCAUCAAAAACAAGUCGAAAAGUGUUUUGCUAAACGAAUACGGCGAGGUCGAUAUCAAUACGUUUACCGCCAUAUUUAUUACACUAAAUCCGGCCGGCAAACAGUAUGGAGGACGCAAUCGGUUGCCCGAUAAUCUCAAGUCGCUGUUCCUGCCGAUAGCCAUGUCGGUGCCCGACAACGAAAUUAUCUCGAAGGUACUGUUGCUGGCCGAAGGGUUCGGGUUAGUGUCGUCGCAAACAUUGGGCCAAAAAUUGACCAUUUGGUUUGAGUUGGCCCGCGAUUGUAUGACACAUCAGCGCCACUACGAUUGGGGAUUGCGGGCAAUCAAAACGUGUCUGGAAGCUAGCGGUCGAGCGCUCCGGGAAACAACAAGUGUUAGUGGACAGGAAGCAAAAGCAUCGGGUAGUAGUGGUGGCGGUGGUGUCGACGAUCGGGAAGUAGAUUUGGUGACCAAUACACUGCGCCAACAGAUUAAGUCGAAACUAAUCGACGAAGAUGUCGACAAGUUUGAGUCACUGUUGGUCGAUGUUUUCGGUGAACGGGCGGCGGCUUCAGAAGCUGGCGGCGGCACUGGUGGCCGAAAUCAGCUCACAAAGUGUAUUAUCAAAGUUAUUGAAGAAAAACGAUUGGUUUUAGAUGAGGUACAGAUGACCAAAAUCGUCGAAUUAGACGAACAGCUACGGUCGCGACUGGGCGUAGUCAUUGUUGGCCAGAGCGGUGCCGGAAAGUCUACACUGUGGAAGGUACUCAAAGACGCCCGUCGGCUGGUCGACAUGAACUCGGCCAACAACAACAACAMCACCACCACUACUACUACUACUACUACUACUGUGAUCAUCAAUCCGAAAGCCGUGCCGCGGACGGAACUGUUGGGCUACGUAGACGACGAGACUCGGGAAUGGCACGACGGCCUACUGACACAUAAGUCCAGGGAAAUAGCGCGCGACGAGUCAACUAGUGGACAGUUUUGGCUGCUAUUCGACGGCGACAUUGAUCCCGAUUGGGUGGAAGCACUCAAUUCAGUAUUGGACGACAACCGUAUCCUAACGCUGCCCACCGGCGAACGUAUCGAUUUUGAUCCGAAACGUUGUAAUCUGUUGUUUGAAGUUACGUCACUGGAAUUUGCAUCGCCGGCCACUAUCUCCCGUUUGGGCGUUGUCUGUGUCAACGGUUUGAAAGCACCAGAACUGUUGACCAGUGGUCUUCGGCAACUGGAUGUACGCGUUUCGGCUGAUGAACUUCAGCGCUAUGUCGAUGCCGGUGAUCAACGGUUGGCUAUAUCGCUAACCCGGACACUGUUGUCGCAUAUUGAAUAUGCAAAACACGAGGACACGGAUCCCGUCAAAGGUGUACUUCGGGUUCAGAGAAAUUUACCGCUAAUGGAUGCRUCYAUGAAAGUCAAAUCAGGUGUUUAUCCAAACAAUUAA